GGAGCUGACAGGUGCGGCUGCCCCCGUGUGCCGGCAGCGCUGCCGGUGGCCGCGGGGCCGAGCCCGGGCGAUGCCGCCCAUAAAAGCCGUGGCUCGGCGGGGCGGCCGCGGGCGCCAUGAGGGGCGGCGGGCGGCGGGCGGCGGCGAACGCCCGCGAGCGGCACCGCACGCACAGCGUUAACAGCGCCUUCGGCGCCCUCCGCCGGCUCAUCCCCACCCGCCCCGCCGACCGCCGCCUCUCCAAGGUGGAAACGCUCCGCCUGGCUUCCAGCUACAUCUCGCACCUCGCCAACGUGCUGAGGAUGCUGCGGCGCGGGGGGGGCGAGGCGCAGCCCUGCCCGCAGCCCGGAGAUGCCGCCCCGAGAGCCAUCUGCACCUUCUGCCUCGGCGAGCAGCGGCGGAGGGUGAGGGGGUCCCUUCCCGGGGGCUCCCGGAGCGGCGCGGGGGGUAUCGGGGUCCGCCCCGGAGCAUCCUUGGGCACUGUGAAGGAGAGAAGCCACUGUCCAGCCCGGCUCUAAGUGGACACUGAAUCGGCUGAGGACAUGUCCCAGAUGUCGCCCUGGCUGUAUCACUGCUUGGGUAAUGCCGCCACACCCAUGCUCUGUGUUUACGUUUAAAUACACAGCCCUACAAGAGUUUCUUUCUCAGCCUGUGUGCUCUGUUUUGCUGUGUGACAGGUUUAAUUCAGGGUAUUUUGCACAUGAAAUUGAACGCUGCUGAUACAGUUGCACCUGGCGCGGCAGCUAUUUUAGUGCGGGAAAUGUUAAACCUAGGCAGCCAAGCCCUGAACUCCAUGUCUCCUAAACCUGUGUCACAUGUUGAAACUUGAACCUCCAGACACCCAGAGUCUCCCGUCAGGGGAAAGCUGUCCUGAACGGGUCCCGCUGCACGCAGUGCUGCCGCCCACUCCUCCAGCUGCACGCUCAUUCUUCGGGUGGGGGCUGAUGCUGGCAGCUGACGUGCUUGGGAGGCGUGAACCGUGCUGGAAGAUUAUUUUAAGGUUUUCACGGAAAGUUUGGAAACUUCCAGUGACAGCACCACGGUUCACUGUGUGCAUAGGUACAGCAGCCCACUGACAUGGGACGUAGCCAGGAGAGGAGAGGAAAGUGGAGAAGUAGAGCGUAAGCGAUGCUCUUUUCUUAUUAACAGUGCGAGUCAUGCCAGUGCUUUAAAUAGCUAGGGAGAUUCCUAAAUGUAUCCAGUAGGCAGGGGUUCCCAAGGGCUCUCUACAUUUACCCAUCACCUAGGUCAUUCCCAAAUUGUGGCUGUACAUCACUGAUGUCAUUUAUCUCCCCUCAGUUUAUUAACUUGGAUGCUUUUCUUUUAGAAAUCUAAAACGCCGAUAUGCAUGUUAUGUUUUCAGGUUUGGACAUUAAUGAAGCAGCAGGCUAAAAUCUUAAACCCCGGUAAUAGUGGGUUAAAAAACCCUAUAUAGCUAGUUUAAUUUUGCUAUGUUUUUUUAAUAGUUAUUUAUAAUAUAAUUAAUUAGGCUGUAAUUAAUCUUCAAUGUAUUACUUUGGGAGGCACUCUGUCUUCAUCAAAUAUUUUGUAACUACCACUUUGAGAAGUUCUGCAAAGAAUACUCAUAUCUUUUUUUCUCCACUGAUGCCAUCUGUUCCAUUUUCCCGACCAGCCUUGCUGCUUUAGCCAAAUGUGAGAGCUGAAGCAGCAACGACGUGUUGCUCACUUUACUUUCUGUACAGAAUUUUCUCUUAUUCCCCUAAUUAAGUGCAAAGCAAAUUCUGGCAUUCACGAUGCAGAACUUAGCAAGAAUAAAAUCUUAGUAUAUCACUCGUGCAACUUCACGUUUUUGGUUUUCCUUCAUUCCUCCCAACACACACUGACCACCUUUCCUUUAUCACAAUAAGGAAAAAUCUGUCGUAGCUACAGAAUCAGCCACAAACUUCUCCUUUAACACUCUAAUCAAGAAAAAUAGCGAUGCAAAGUUCCAGCAAUUCCUCUAUUCACAUAUUAAAAGCUAUAUAUUCUGUUUCCCUGGAAUGAAAAGAGAUUUUUGAGUUUAAAAGAUUUCUAUUUUUUUUUUAAAUAAGGAAUUUCAAAUUGCUGCCAGAUUACAAUCUUUGUUUCACUUUGGCAUCAAUUUUUGAACCUGGAACUCUUUCAUGUUUAUACAGACUGCUUAAGUUUUGUAGCGUGUUGGCAUGUGUGUGGGGGUAUUUAUUUCUACAAGCAAGUCUCCUGGUUCUUUUUUAAUGAAUUUGAAGAAGUUUGUCUUUUAAAAAAUUAUUUACUUUAUAAUUAAAUCUGGUCUUACAGUUAAGCUCUAUAUUCUUGCAAAUGCAUUAAACUAAAGCAUCCAACCUGUUUUACAGACAAUCAAUACUAAUCUUCUCAUUUAGCUGUAUCAGUCAGUGUGGUACUCCUAAAUCACAAAAAAAUAAGCAAUAAAACAGCAUUUAGUAUGCUCUGAAUUUUGCAAUUCGUAAAAAAGACAAUAAAAUUAAUUAUUUCAGGUUUUAAAGAUGUUGUGAUGUUAUUGCAGUUUUAAGAGUAGUUUCUGGAAAAUGCAGCAUAUUGGAUUUAAUAAGAUUAUCUCUAUACUUUGCUAUUAAAAGAAAUUAAUAUAAAAAAGUGAGGCCCACUUUUGCACAACACUAUUACCUGAAAGCUCAAUUCUUCAGGAAUUUGGUGUUUUUACUUGAAACGGUAUUUUUUCUCCCUGAUUUUGUGUAAUGUUUGUACAAAACGCUUUUCAAUGACAAUAGCGGGAGCAGGCUGUUACGACUUAGCCAUGCCUCCUGUUUAACAUGGUUCAAUGUAGCAUUAAAUUCUUCUCUCUUUACUCAGGAUAAACUGUUGUGUUCAAGUGGGCUUGAAGAUAUCAGUAUAAUGCUCAGGACUGCAAUUACUAAAUGAUAUUGGAAUUCCAGUAAGACUGAUUGAUCAUGGCAGAAAAUAGGCCCUAGAGAACUGUGGGGCAAAUAUUUGUGGUAUAGGUAGAUAGUAUCUAUCCAAACCAAUUGGCAGUGAUUUUUCUGAGGAACAGACCCCAAGCCUGCGUUUAUACAUAUAUGACAUUAUAUAUUUAAAUGGGGACAAGUGGGGGCAGAUUUGCUGAAGUUUAUUUAUAAUAAUUUAAAACUUCUCUACCCUCAGAAGCAAAAACAGAUACAGGAUUAAGCUGUUACUGUGUAUUGGGUUUUGUAUAAACCUAGGGAAAAAGAAUUUAAUUUCUAGAGACACAGAUGGAUCGAAUGCUUAGAUUUCACAAAUAACGAGCUCAUUUUUUGUUAGGAAUUUUAUUGACUUUUUACGGCAUGAGUUUAUUUGUCUUAUCAGUUCUAUUUUUUUGAUCAUUUAGUAAGGAGUCAUUGUUCAUGGCAGGUACAAAUAUAUAUUUAUAAGCCAAAACUUUGGAAUUCGGCUGUGUAAAAACAAGUAACUUACUUGAUGGCCAGGCAUUGGAAUGAUGGGAGUUGUUCCAGAGAUGCGAAGCACCUUCUUGUUGUGCUGAAGGCAUUGUUUUUUCCACAAUUGUAAGUGCGUUCUGUUCUAUAUGUAUGAACAGAGGCAUGCCCAGUGCCAAUACCGUCUUUAUUUUCCUGUAAAAACUUAACUAUUCAAUUUACAUGAUACACGAAUAAAGCAGAAAUGGUAAGAUAUGCGUCGUUUUAUCUUAGAGCCUCUUAAACAACUGUUAAAAUAAUCCAAGUAUAGUGCUUUGUAGAAAACAUUGUACUUAACCUUGUACAUCACAAUAUAAAAACAGCAUCAAGCAAAAUUAAUAAAUCAUGUUGUUUGGUUUUGCUGGUUAAGUUUAAAGAAGAAUGUGAACAUAGUACUUGGUUAUUUAUAAAUUAAUCAUAAUGUAGGUUGAAAUACUUUCAUAUAUUAGCUACUACUUUCAGUUCUACAAGUGGAAGUUUCCUUUCCAAUACCUUCUUGGAAAAUCUUUUCAAGGAUCUGUUUUUGUUUGCAAAAUGUGCUUAUAUUUGCUAAAAUAAACAGUAUUUUUGUUACUAAAUUAAGCAAUAAAUUAUGAACACUAAGGUGGUAGUUCU